AUGGACAAGUUCCGUAUGAUGUUCCAGUUCCUGCAGUCCAAUCAGGAGUCCUUCAUGAACGGCAUCUGUGGCAUCAUGGCCCUGGCCGCCGCCCAGCUGUACUCCGCCUUCGAGUUCACCUGCCCCUGCAUGCCAGAGUACAACUACGCCUACGGGGUCGGGGUCAUGGUGGUGCCCCCCAUCUGGUUCUUCAUGCUGGGCUUCGUGCUCAACAACAACGUCUCCAUGCUGGCUGAGGAGUGGCGCCGCCCGCUGGGCAAGAGGGGCAAGGACCCCACGGUGCUGCGCUACAUGUUCACCUCCAUCUCGCAGCGCUCGCUCAUCGCCCCCAUAGUCUGGAUCUCGGUCACGCUCAUGGACGGCAAGACCCUGCUGUGCGCCUACUCGCUGGACCUGGAUGCCCGGCGCUUCGCCAACCUGGACUUCAGCUUCGACAACUCCAGCAUGACCCCGGAGGACGUGACGAGGAUGAUGGCCAAGAUCCCGUGCAAGGACAUCUACGACGGGGGACACAUGGUGACCAGGGAGGCGGUCACACGGUAUCUGCGCUGCGUCUCACAGGCGUUCGGCUGGCUCUUCCUCCUCAUCAUCACCUCGGCAGCGUUCCUGAUCCGAGCCAUACGGCCAUGCUUCACACAAGCUGCCUUCCUCAAGACCAAGUACUGGUCCCACUACAUCGACAUCGAACGCAAGAUGUUCGACGAGACCUGCACGGAGCACGCCAAGAGCUUUGCCAAGGUGUGCAUCCAGCAGUACUUUGAGAGCAUCAGUGGUGAGAUGCGCAGCCUCCACGGACACAAGCCGCACCACGAUGGCAACGGUGGCGGCGAUAGCGAUGACGAUGACAAAGGUGCUAGCGACGAGGACAAGCUGCUCGGCAUCCGCGCGCAAGACGACAUGAACCGCGUGCUGUGGAACUGGCACACCUGCAAACCCCCGCUCAGCCUGAGGGUGAGGGACGGGCCCGACGGCGACGCUGAUCAGGAGCAUGCUAACGGAAACGGUAACGGUAACUACGUGCAGAUGAAGGAGAUGGCGGAAUACUACAGCAGCGUGUGA